GAUGAACAUAAAAGAAGAACAAGAUCUGAAUGAAGUGGAGGAGAAAUAUCAGUGUCAGAAAGCUCAUGAUGUCAUCACUGGAGAAACAUCAGUGAGUUGCUCCAAAACUGAAAAAAGUUGCUCGCAACGAAACAUUCAAAGAAAAGAAGUCAAAAGGCCUUUCAGCUGCUCUCAGUGUGGAAACGCAUUCACUCGUAAAAAAUACCUUAAGAAUCACAUGAGUAUUCAUACUAGAAUAAAGACUUUCACCUGCUCUGAGUGUGGAAAAACUUUCAAACACAAAAGAAGACUUAACGAACACAUGAUGAUUGUUCAUGCUGGAAAAAGGCCUUUCACCUGCUCUGAAUGUGGAAAUACUUUCACACGCAAAGAAAGCCUUAAGAAUCACAUGAAAAUUCAUACUGGAAUAAAGCCUUUCAGCUGCUCUCAGUGUGGAAAGAGUUUCAUGCAGAAAAGACAUCUUAAUGACCAUAUGCUAACUCACACUUCAGAAAAGCCUUUCACCUGCUCUCAGUGUGGAAAGUCUUUGUCGCGUAGAGAAAGUCUGAAGAAUCACAUGUUAAUUCAUGCUGGAAUAAAGCCUUUCGUCUGCUCUCAGUGUGGAAUGAGUUUUACACAGAAAAAACAACUUAAUGAGCAUAUGCUAACUCACACUUCAGAAAAGUCUUUCACCUGCUCUCAGUGUGGAAAGACUUUGUCUCGUAGAGGAAGCCUGAAGAAUCACAUGUUAAUUCAUGCUGGAAUAAAGCCUUUUACCUGCUCUCAGUGUGGAAAGAGUUUCACACUGAAAAAACAACUUAAUGAGCAUAUGCUAACUCACACCUCAGAAAAGCAUUUCACCUGCUCUCAGUGUGGAAAGACUUUGUCUCGUAGAGGAAGCCUGAAGAAUCACAUGUUAAUUCAUAUGGGAAUAAAGCCUUUUACCUGCUCUCAGUGUGGAAAGAGUUUCACACAAAAAAAACAACUUAAUGAGCAUAUGCUAACUCACACCUCAGAAAAGCAUUUCACCUGCUCUCAGUGUGGACACACUUUCACACGUAAAGAAACCCUAAAGAAUCACAUGUUAAUUCAUAUGGGAAUAAAGCGCUUUAGCUGCUCUCAGUGUGGAAACGCUUUCAGCCAUAAAGCAAGUCUUAAGAAUCACAUGUUAAUUCAUAUGGGAAUAAAGCCUUUCGUCUGCUCUCAGUGUGGAAACGCUUUCAGCCAUAAAGCAAGCCUUUGGAAUCACAUGAAAAUUCAUACUGGAAUAAAACCUUUCAGCUGCUCUCAGUGUGGAGAGAGUUUUACUCAGAAAAGACAACUUAAUGAGCAUGUGUGUAUUCACACUUCAGAAUAGUCUUUCACCUGUCCUUAGUGUGGAAAUGCUUUCACAUGUAAAGGAAGCCUUGAGAGUCACAUGUUAAUUCAAACUGGGAAAAAGCUUUUUACUUGCUCUCAGUGACCACGUUUACAUGGACAUCAGUAAUCUAAUUAUUUACCUUUUUCUGAAUAACACAA